AUGAGCUCCAACCCCGCCCCCCUUCUGGCAGGCCACCCCCCUCCAGAAUACCUUCAGGCAAAAGCAGCCUUUGCCGGCCCCCUGCUCCACCAAGCGGACAGGCACAAACUCUUCAACAAAAUGGGCCUAGAGGAGAAAUCCCCGGCUAUGGACGACCUCCUGCAGCUCAUCACCUCCACCUUCAGCGCCCAAGAUCCCUCCAUGGACCCGGCCAAGGCCAUCGUUAGCCUCCUCCUCGGCCUCUCAACCCAAGUCGAGAAACUCACUACGGAAGUCCGCACCCUAGCCGCGAGACACACCGCCGACGUCACCCUCCUCAACGCACGCAUCAACAACCACACUCCCCACCACUCCCCAACCCCAGGCCCUCCGGCCCGCCCCCUCCACCAAAGGCAACCCGCUCACCAACCCCGCCAACCCCCCCGCCCCGCCAUGCCUAUCCCCCCCCCUCAAGCCACCCCGAUCGAAGGAACAGAGCUCCACCUAAACGACCCCAUCGAAACCAUCGACCAAAACGGCAAUAGACGCCUCCUCACCUAUGCCGAGAAACUCAAACAACACCACGACAAUUCCCGCCCCACUGUCCCCCCCCCCUCCACCCGGAAUGCAGGCCCCCGCAGGCCCACAACACCCCAAACAGCAACAAACCUCCCCACCGCACAACGCCGGUUCUUCGCAACCAGGUCUAACCCCGCCCCCUUCCCGAACCACCAACAACUUGAGGCAAGACUCCCAUCCGACCUCGGAAGAGUCCUGGCCAAUGCAGGCCUCACCCACCCUCAUACCGCCCUCCAAGUCCAGGUCAACCGCAAUGGCACCGUUACCUGCACCGCCUCCCCCUCCACCCCUGCCAAAGACAUCGCCCCCUACUUCCCCGGCCUCCUCGCAGUCCUGAACCUCGCCUGCAACGCAUCUGAGAACCCACUCAACGAAUUCCAGCUCGCACCGACUAAUGUCGACUACGCUAUCCAUAACGUCCCCAUCUUCGCCCUCGACGUCCCAGAGACGCUCUUCACUCCUCACCUCGCUGAAGCCAUCGCCCUCACCACCGGAGCCUCAAUCACCAAAGCCAGAUACCUCACCAAACCCGAGAACAGAAUCGGAAAAACUACCACCACAAUUGUCGUCUCCAUCCCUGCCGAGGAUACGGACAAGAUCGGAGACCAAAUUCGCCUAUUCGGACGCUCCCGCCGGUGUAAUAAACUCUGGCCAGCGUCCCCUAAUACCCUCUGCCGCAGGUGCGCCCGCCUAGGACACGCCACAGAAGGAUGUCAAUCGUCCUCACCCACAUGCCCGCUCUGCGCAGGCAACCACCUCCGCAAAGACCAUCGCUGCCCCAACCAAGCCUGCCCUAAUGAAGGCCACCUCAAACCCGUCAUCGAAUGCUGCGCCACUUGGAAAGCCAAAUGCAUCAACUGCGCCGGCAACCACAUCGCCUCCCUUAGAGAAUGCCCUGCAAGGCGCUCCCGUACCCAGCCCGCUGCCACAGCGCCGGCCCCACGGGGCGCCACACCCGCCCCCCAGAACACUACAGGCAACCCCCCACCGGUCACCCUGCCACAACCCACCACCCCCCAGUCCACAUCAGUACCCGCACCCCAACAAGAAGGAUCUGCGGAAGAGGACUUAACCAUGACGCAGUAA